UCGCGCUCCUUAUAUGGGAAAGGAAUUAGUUGCCCGAACAAGGGCGGAAACGCGGCGCGGUGACAGCUGGGUAAAUUUCACCGACAGACAGGAAGAAAAGAGACGAAAGUCCGCACACUCCCACGGAGACGUACACGACCAAAUCACUGCUCCACCAGUUUAGCAGGAAUGGCUGACUUGGCGAGUCUGGUGCAGCGGCUGGAGGUGGCGGUGGGUCGUCUGGAAAACAUGUCCGGAUCUGGAGGCAGCGGUGGAGAUUCUGCUGGGGGAGCUGUAUCGGCGUUCGUUGAGGCCUUUGAUGUGAUAGUCAACGGCCCUUUGGCCCUGUACCUCUCCCUCAGCCAGAAGAUCGGGGGUGAUGUCCAGAAACAUGCCGACAUGAUGAAGCAGGCGUUCAACAGUCAGCGACAGCUGCUCGUAACCGCCUCCUCCUCCCAGAAGCCCUCUGAUGCCGUUUUGACGACUCUCCUGCAGCCGGUGUCCAAGGCCAUCCAGCAGGUGCAGGCCUUCCGCGAGCAGAACCGCACCUCGCCGCUGUUCAACCACCUCUCUGCUGUGAGCGAGAGCGUGCCGGCCCUCGGAUGGGUCGCCAUGGCUCCGAAGCCAUGUCCCUAUGUCAAAGAGAUGCAGGAUGCUGCCAUGUUCUACACCAACCGUGUGCUCAAGGACUUUAAGGAAAAGGACAAGACCCAUUUGGACUGGGUGAAGGCCUACGUCUCCAUCUGGACGGAGCUGCAAAACUACGUCAAGCAGCACCACACCACCGGGCUGACCUGGAGCAAGAGCGGUCCCAUAGCUUCAGCCUCUGCAGCCGCCCCCAGGGCUCCUGCUGGUGGAUGUCCUCCCCCACCUCCCCCUGGACCUCCUCCACCCUCCGUGGACUUGAGCGGAUCGUCUGGCGGCGGCGAUGACAACCGUAACGCUUUAUUCGCCGCCAUCAACCAGGGAUCGGACAUCACCAGGGCCCUGAAGCAUGUGAGCGACGACCAGAAGACUCACAAGAAUCCUACGCUGAGGACCACGACCGCUCCGAUACGUACUGGGCCAAAACCUUUCGCCUCACCCGCCCCCCGGCCUGCUGCGUCCGCCACCCCGAAGCUGCCCCCCGUGUUCGAGCUGGACGGGAAGAAGUGGAAAGUGGAGAACCAGGAGGACGCACAGAGCCUGGUAAUAGAAAACACUGAGCUGAAACAAGUGGUUUAUGCUUACAAGUGUAACAAGAGCUGCCUGCAAGUCAAGAACAAAAUCAACUCCAUCAUACUGGACAACUGUAAGAAAAUGGGCCUGGUGUUUGAUGAUGUUGUGGGCAUCGUAGAGAUCAUCAACUGCAGGGAUAUCAAGAUCCAGGUCAUGGGUAAGGUCCCCACUAUCUCCAUCAACAAGACUGACGGCUGCCAUGUCUACCUGAGCAAAGACUCGCUGAGCUGCGAGAUUGUCAGCGCCAAGAGCUCGGAGAUGAACGUCCUGGUGCCCAACAAAGACGGAGAAUUUAAGGAGCUCCCUGUUCCUGAACAGUUUAAGACCGUCUGGGACGGCCAAAAACUGGUUACCACGUCAACGGAGAUCGCUGGAUAGACGCGGGCAGAUAAAGAAAUGGCCACCCUGUCCUCGAUACCAUCACCACCCCUUUUUUUUAGCAAACUCCUUCCUGACUGAUUGACCGCAUGUGUUAUACUUUCCUCCUCCUUUUUAUCAGCCAAUCGCACCGUAAGCUGUCCCCUUCCAUCAGCCAAUCAGAGGAAUGCUCGCUUUUUUAGCGAGAGCAAAAUCCUUCAGCCAUUCAGCAGGGAGCGGCUUGUCACUCAAAUAGUUUUUUCCUGAGCCAGCCAGCACUUUGCAAAAAAUAUUCAUAGUGUACAAUAUUCAGUAUCUAUCUGGAUAACGCUAAGCUAAAUUUAACAUGUAGAAUAGCCAACCUGAGAAGACUUAUUGAUUGCUCCGCUAGCCAAUCGGGCUCUAGUAUCAGGACGCUUCAGGCUUUGUUUCUCCUCUUCCUGGUCAGGAGGGGCUGGUAGGUUUCUGUUCCACUAUGUGCAAUCCACUGUUGAAGCACUUGUCAAACAAAGAGGAUAAUGGCAUCCAUAACACCUCCGCUGAUGUUGACUAUAAUAAUAUUAACAUUCAUAGUGGAUAAUAAAGUUGGCACUCUCAGAGCACAUAAAUAGGAGUUAAAAACAAGUUUUGUGCACAUCAUGAAACUCCAUCUAGUUGAGGUUGGAACGGUUAGAAUGACGUAAAGAUGAUCAUUCCAUGUGCUUUCCCUUUAACCCGCACGUAGGACAUUGCUGAGUAUUAAAAAACAUUCCAUAUAGGAAGGGACAUGAAAGAAAAUGUUUGCGAAAAGAGCAGAGAUGUUGAAGUGGAAGACUGAGGGAAAGAAUCGCGUGUGUAGCUUCGUUCAUAAAAUCUGCAUUUCUCAAUAGACGUUAACAAUUACAACUCGCCAUUGACGCCUCUCCACUCGCUCAUUGCGCACGUCGGCACUCACACUUAUCUUCAGCUCUUGAAACUCUCCGUUGAAUUUUCUAUUGUCUUUUUCAUUUCUUCUUAAUUCAUUUUGGGUCCAAAAGCAUUCUGCUCAUUAGUACUGGAGACUUCAUUAAAAAAGGUUGCAACAAA